CAUACAUCUGGAGCCGCAUGCUGAGUCUCUCUUCAUCUCACGAUCAAUCCCGAGCGCUGCCACUUUGUAAUUUGAUGGGGCGUUUAACCUUAAUAUUUGCACACCUCCUAAUCAUACCUACACACUCUUGCUACGCCGCAACUGUGACUAACGACACACUAUCAUGAUACCUCAACUGCAUUUCCUGCACUGCUCAAACACCUACCGCGUUGUAUCGUGCACCCCUUGAUAUCCAACAACGCAGCAGGCGACAUGUAAGAUCACUUGAGUCGCUCUGCUGUUCUCCAAAAAUCGGUACAAGAGACUCCCUUCACACUUCAUCACAUUAUCCAUUGGCCACGACGAUAAGCAUACGACGAUGGCCUUUGUUUGUGAACCCCCACAGCUUCCAAUUGCUUUCACGCAAACACUGGAGGACUUGUUAAAUAUCACCAACGAUGGAAUCAGGCGAUCACGGAGCAUGCUAGACCAGAUCGCAAAGACCUCACCAACCGAAGCAUCUUUUGCAAAUGUCAUGCUCCCUCUGGCCCAGGAGGAGAACGAACGAAUCAAUACUCAGGGCCUCACUGAUUUCUUUCAAAAUGUCGCUCCUACCAGAUCUCUUUGUGAUGCUUCGGUUGAGGCUCAGAAGCUUUGGACCGCCUACAGCCAAGAAGUCGAUACUCGAGACGACUUGUAUCGACUCGUCCAAGUUGUCAAGGACAAGAAUGAGAUUCUCGAUCUAGAACUACAAUACUAUCUCAAUAAAACAUUAUCGCGAAUGAUCAGAGAUGGUCUUGCAUUACCCAAUGGCCCUACUCGUGAUCAGUCUAAAGCCAUCAAAAUUCGAAUUGAUGAGCUAUCAGUCCAGUGCAAACAAACACUUUAUCAUGAGGCCGGUGGCAUAUGGUUUUCUGCAGAAGAGCUGGCAGGCCUCCCUCACGAUGUGUUUGGUAAAUUGAGAUCGGACGGCUCCGAGACUGACGAGAAAUUUUGGCUCACAUUCAAGCGCAAUGAUCUUACCAUGUGUUUGAAGUAUUGCACGAAUUCAAUGACAAGUAAGCGUGCUUUCAUUGGGAAUGAGAACAAGUGUCCUGCAAAUGUUGUGCCUUUCAAGGAACUUGUUUCUUUGAGAGCCGAGCUCGCAAAAUUGAUGGGCUAUAAAUCGUAUGCCGAUUACAAAACUCAGGACAAGAUGAUGAGCUUUGAUUCCGUGCAAUCAUUUUUAGCAGAGCUGGAGGCGUCAAUUGCUCCUCAAGCAGAGAUUGAGAUGAGGAAAAUGUGUGAGUGCAAGAAGCGAGAUUUGAUAGGACGAGGAGCUGCUGAAAGUGACAUCGAUGAUCGCAUGUACCUUUGGGACACAGCCUUUUACACUCGUCUGCUGCAAGAGUCUCAACAAGACCUGGAUGAGACCCGAUUUUCCGAGCUUUUCUCUCUCGAUUCUACCAUGCGCGGCUUACUCGACAUCUACGAAGAGCUUUUUGGCAUGCAAAUUAUUGAGCUUUUACAAGAUUCAAGGGAAACGCUUGUGAGUAAGCAAAAACAAGCUGAGGAUGCGAUCACUUGGCACAAGGAUGUCAAGGUCUACUCUGUAUGGGAUGAAGAAGCAAUGGGCGGUAAUUUCUUAGGCUAUCUUUACCUCGACUUGCUUCAACGACCUGGCAAGAGAGACCAUCCUUGCAAUUCUACAUUUCAAGCUGGUUUCGAUCUCUCCAACGGUGCAAGACAUUAUCCAAGCACCGCGCUACUCGCGGCACUUCCACAACCCACACCUAGCAAGCCCACUCUUCUCCGCCAUCGCAAUGUUCUCACCCUUUUCCAUGAACUCGGCCAUGGAAUCCACUAUCUUGUUGGCCGGACAAAGUUUGCUUCGACUUAUGGUACAAGCACCAAUCACGACUUUGUAGAAAUUCCUAGCAAGAUGCUCGAAAAUUGGUGUUGGGACCCAUCCAUCCUCCAGCGCUUGUCCAGACAUUACACAUACCUUUCACCCUCCUACCUUUCAGCAUGGGAAUCUGAGCAUCCGGGGCUCCCGCAACCUGCAGAGAAAGGAGAGCUUGACUUAUUGACGAGUCUCACCGCAUUCAGGAGCUCGAAUUUGGCGUUUUUGACCUUGACUGCGCUCUCCCUAGCCAAGUAUGAUUUUAUCAUUCAUGGUGCUGCAAGUCCAGAAGAAGUAGAAAAGAUGGAUCUGGGUGAGAUAUACAAUCGUGUCAGAAAGGAGGUCAAAGGCCUGUCGGGGCCAGAAGUGUAUGGCGAAGGAUAUGGCUGGGGAUGUGGACAGGCAAGAUUUCAGCACAUGUUUAGCUCUUCAUAUGCUGCAGGGUAUUAUGUCUAUGCUUUAGCCUCAGUAUAUUCUGCCGCGUUAUUCGACUUACGCUUCCGCGAGUCUCCCAUGGACAGGAUUGAAGGGAGAAGAUAUCGACGCAUCAUCCUAGGGAGAGGCGGAAGUGAAUGCGCCAUAAAUUAUCUGAAGGAAUACCUUGGGUGUGAACCAGGAAGUGAGGCAUUCGCGAAGCAAUUUGAAAACACGACAGAUUAGAUGAAGGAAUAGCGAGAUAUUCUGAUCUCUCAUUUUGCAGUAAUCAAUUCAUAGAUGACCAAAAAGAAGUUGCGUC